CAUAUAAAAGCACCACUCUCCAUUUCAAUUGCAGUCAUCAGGACAAAAGCGGUUAUACGUCGUUCUCUCUCUCUGCGCUUUCUCUCUUUGCGUUGUUUCUAAGAUCUUCCUCGCAAGCGUUCACAAAGGCUACAGAGUUCUGUGAUCAAUGGCGGAUGUUCAGAUGGCCGAGGCGGAGACCUUCGCAUUCCAGGCGGAGAUCAACCAGCUGCUCAGCUUGAUCAUCAACACGUUCUACAGCAACAAGGAGAUUUUCCUCCGUGAGCUCAUUAGCAACGCCUCUGACGCCUUGGAUAAGAUCCGGUUUGAGAGCUUGACUGACAAGAGCAAGCUCGAUGCUCAGCCUGAGCUCUUCAUUCGCCUUGUACCUGACAAGGCUAACAAGACUCUCUCCAUUAUUGAUAGCGGUGUCGGCAUGACCAAAGCAGAUUUGGUGAACAAUUUGGGUACAAUUGCAAGAUCAGGAACCAAGGAAUUUAUGGAAGCAUUGCAGGCCGGUGCUGAUGUGAGCAUGAUCGGGCAAUUUGGUGUGGGUUUCUACUCAGCAUACCUUGUUGCAGAGAAGGUCAUUGUGACCACCAAACACAACGAUGACGAACAGUACAUCUGGGAAUCACAAGCUGGUGGUUCAUUCACUGUAACUAGGGAUGUGGAUGGAGAGAAACUCGGCAGAGGAACCAAGAUUACUCUCUUCCUCAAGGAAGACCAGCUUGAAUACUUGGAGGAAAGGAGGAUCAAGGACCUUGUGAAGAAGCAUUCUGAAUUCAUUAGCUACCCAAUCUACCUCUGGACUGAGAAGACAACAGAGAAGGAAAUCAGUGAUGAUGAGGAUGAUGAGCCCAAGAAGGAACAGGAGGGUGACAUCGAGGAGGUGGAUGAGGACAAAGAGAAGGAGGGUAAGAAGAAGAAGAAGAUCAAGGAGGUUUCUCAUGAGUGGCAGCUCAUUAACAAGCAAAAACCAAUUUGGUUGCGCAAGCCUGAGGAGAUCACCAAGGAGGAAUAUGCCUCUUUCUACAAGAGUUUAACCAAUGAUUGGGAGGAUCAUCUUGCUGUCAAGCACUUCUCUGUUGAGGGUCAGCUUGAAUUCAAGGCCAUCCUAUUUGUUCCAAAGAGGGCACCAUUUGAUCUUUUUGACACCCGCAAGAAGAUGAACAACAUUAAGUUGUACGUCAGGAGGGUCUUUAUCAUGGACAAUUGUGAGGAACUCAUCCCUGAGUACCUAGGAUUUGUGAAGGGUGUUGUUGACUCUGAUGAUUUGCCCCUCAACAUUUCUCGUGAGAUGUUGCAACAGAACAAGAUCCUCAAGGUGAUCAGGAAGAACCUUGUCAAGAAAUGCAUUGAGAUGUUCAAUGAGAUUGCGGAGAACAAGGAGGACUACAACAAGUUCUAUGAAGCAUUCUCAAAGAAUUUGAAGCUAGGAAUUCAUGAAGACAGCCAGAACAGGGCAAAAUUGGCAGACUUGCUGCGUUACUACUCCACUAAGAGUGGUGAUGAGUUGACAAGCCUAAAGGACUAUGUCACCAGGAUGAAAGAGGGUCAAAAGGACAUCUACUACAUCACUGGUGAGAGCAAAAAAGCUGUUGAAAAUUCACCAUUCCUGGAGCGCCUCAAGAAGAAGGGCUAUGAAGUACUGUUUAUGGUUGAUGCCAUUGAUGAGUAUGCUGUAGGCCAAUUGAAGGAGUAUGAUGGUAAGAAACUGGUGUCAGCCACCAAGGAAGGGCUGAAACUUGAAGACGAAGAUGAAGAAGAGAAGAAGAAGCGGGAGGAGAAGAAGAAAUCUUUUGAGAACCUUUGCAAGAUUAUCAAAGAUAUUCUUGGUGACAAAGUUGAGAAGGUGGUUGUCUCUGACAGGAUUGUUGACUCACCCUGCUGCUUGGUUACUGGUGAGUAUGGAUGGACCGCAAAUAUGGAAAGGAUCAUGAAGGCUCAGGCCCUAAGGGACAGCAGCAUGAGCUCUUACAUGUCUAGCAAGAAAACCAUGGAAAUUAACCCCGACAAUGGAAUCAUGGAGGAGCUUAGAAAGAGAGCAGAGGCUGAUAAGAAUGACAAAUCAGUGAAGGACCUUGUGUUGCUGCUGUUUGAGACUGCACUCCUUACAUCCGGUUUCAGUCUUGAUGACCCCAACACCUUUGGUGCAAGAAUUCACAGGAUGCUGAAGUUGGGUCUCAGCAUUGAUGAGGAGGAAGCCGGUGAUGGUGAUGAUGCUGACAUGCCUGCAUUGGAAGAAGCUGGUGAGGAGAGCAAGAUGGAAGAAGUGGACUAAGGGACAUAUCGUAUUUCUUCAUUUGUCACAAAAGCUAUAUUGAGUCUUUUUCCUUGUGUCUUCUGGCUGUGUUAUACUGUUAUGUAUGAAUCUUCAUUGCAGUCAUUGUAUGUGUUCGGCAAGUGCAAUAUAGUUGCGUUUUGAAUUUUCCUUCUUUA